AUGGGGGCAGCACCUUUGUCCCUGACAUUUCUCUGUCAGGGAUUCGCGUUUAGUAUUCCUCAGUCAAUCGCGCGAGCGCAGUCUCCAAAGCUCGCAGCUUCUCUCGAUGCCGCCCAGAAAAUAUCUCAAAAUCCGGUUGUCACCGUGAAAGAGUUCUCUCUGGACACAGUCAACUGUAUGGUUGAAUUCUUCAAGUCUGGUUGCUAUGAAGUUGACCGAAGGAACUUCCCAAGUGCGCUGCAAGCAGUUGGAGGUGCACCGGCGGCUCCGGAUCGUUUCAUGCGCGAUGAAUUAACCUGCCAUCUUCAAAUCUGUGCCAUUGGUACCCACUAUGGCGUUCCCAAGCUAUGCGAGCUUGCUAGGGACAACAUCCAGAAGGUAUUCGGAGGGAAAUGGUUCGAUUCGGCUUUCCUUUUCACUGUCGCCGUUGUUUUGAAGUCAAAGGACGAUAAGCUGCAAAGGUUGCUUGUUACUCUUGCGAGAGGGCACUUGCAUUCUCUCACCACUUCAAACGGCUUCGACCAUGCAACAAUGCUAAGAAGCUUCCAUCCCAAGUUCCGAGACCAAGAUGAUAUUCUUCAGCAAAGCGGAGAUCAACCCAAACCCACACCGGCUCCGACGACCCAGGACGAAAGCUCCACCAAGCUUGAGGCCCUCCGCAUCGAGGUCUCUUCCCUCAAACAACAAGUAACAGCAGUGUCCUAUGAGCGAGACGAACUCCGCGACCAGUUUUCGGCUGCUUCAGUCAAAAAGGAAGAACUCUGGCAGAUCGUCGCAACUCUUACCGCUGAGCGAGACCUGUUGCGGAAUGAGAUGUCAAAUGUUGCAGCCGAGAAUAAAGAAUUCCGAGAUAUUGCGGCGAAAGUGUCCACUGCAAGGUAUCAUGCUGAACAAGUCAUGAGUGAUGCAAAGAACAAGAAAUCGUCAGCGGAAGUAAAAGCAGAAGAAAACGAAAAAAUACUCGAGACACUUCAACGAGAGCUGAGAGUCACAAGAUCCGAGAGUGGCUUGCUCAAAGCCAGAUGGGAUAAGGAGAAGACAAAAUCGUCCAUUCUGACUCAAGAGAACGACGACCUGAAGAAGUCUCUCGAGCUUGAAAGACGUAGCAGGGUCAGCAUCACGGAAUUUGCACGAGACGAUAUUCGAAAUGCUCUCAAAGACGAGCAGAAGGUGACAACAGACUUGACCGCGAGACUUGCUCAAGCGUCGCAAGCCCUUGAGACAGAAAGGAAGCGCUCAGCAACUCUAGUGCAAGAACUCACUCAAGCCAAGAGAAACCUUGAAUCGGAAAGACAAAGCAAGACAGGCAUGUCCUUGAGCGAACGAGACAGAAUACACGAAACUAUUGGGUCCCAGAGAAGUGAAAUAUCGGCGCUCGUUAAAGAACGAGACGAGAUCAAGAGGGAACUAAAGAUGGCAAGAACUGAGAGGAACAAUGAGAGUGACAGAAAAUGGGAGAUCACCAACAAGAUGAAUGCGUUGAUCCAGGCAAUGGAUGAGUGGGAUGAGUGCCGUCAUUGCGGUGCCGAUUUUGGGACGUACGAUGGAAUACUCAUUCUUCGCCCUCACCCUCCACCAGUCAAUCUACAUCAUUGUCCCGACGCCAACAUGUCACCCAGCAACGGAAAGUACGUCGUCUUCGACAUCGUUGGGACCUGCGUCUCAUACGACAAGCUUACCGAAGCAGUCGAAAAGCAACUCGGUGAAAGACUGCUGGCCGAGAAUGUAAAGCCCAGUCUUCUUGUGAACCUCUGGAUCGAGGCUGGAGAGAGGGAAUAUACGUAUCUUUCAAUAACUAAUCGAUACGUCGCAUUCGAUAAGCUGUUCGCAUCCCUCUUUUAUCGCAUGCUCUGGCUCGCUGGUAUCCAAGAGCCACGCUCCUUCGCAAGUGGGGCUGAUAUCGAGAAGAUUACGCAUGGCUACAUGGAACUCGAGCCAAGACCUGAUCUCAAAGAAUGUUUUGAUAAGCUUCGAGCAGCGGGAUUCACGGUGCGUGGUCUGACAGCUGGAGACUUUGACAGAGUGCUUGGGUACUUUGAUAAGGCGGGCAUCGAGUUUCCAAAGGAGCACCUGAUUUCUUGCGACUCGUUUGGCGUGGGUAAGCCGGAUCUCAAGGCAUAUGCCUCGACCUUUGAGGAGUUGAAGGGAGCAAAGGAGCUUUGGUUCGCCGCGGCCCAUAUGUGGGAUGUAUCAGCUGCGAAGCUAGCAGGAUUCAAAGCUGCGUAUUGCUCUGUGUUAGAGAAAGAGCCUUGUGUGGAUAUCUUUGGGGAGAUGGAUGUCAUGUCGGAUACUCUGAGUGAGAUGGCAGAUAAGAUUAUUCAAGGUUCAUCUUAA